AUGAAUGAAGAUUAGACAAAGAUAGAGAUCGAAGAAGAUUCAAAUAGUCUUGUCCCUAUCUUAUUGAUUUUGCUAUUAUUAAUUAUCUAAUUCAUUUAACGCUGGUCUAAGAAACCUUAAAUAUAAAAAUAAUACUUAGUUGAAAAUGAUGAACAUGAAUUACAAGAAAAUUUGUUAAAUAAAGAUCAAUAAAAAAAAUAAGAUAAUUAGUGUUAAAAAAAUAAUUAUUCCGUAUUCAAUGAAAAAUAGAAUAAUUAGAAUGAAAUUUUUCUAAAAUUUAAAGAACUUUAAGAAUAAAUAAAAGUUUAAUAUGAACCUUAAAUUUAUAACUAAAUUUAGAAACCCUAGUAAUUAAUUUGCAAUAAUUCAAUAAAUAAAAUAAUGGAAAUUUAUUAAAACUCUUCUUAAUUACGUUUUGUAGAAGAUGAAUAUAAAUAUUAUAUUAGACAAUUUUAGGAGAAAUCAGAUCUAAAAAGAAAUUAUGGCCUUACAUUUUAAGCAAGUUUAAAGUUAUACAAAUAUUGUAAUGCAUUUAGAGAAGUGAGAGGAGAUGGAAAUUGUUUUUAUACUGCUUUUGGAUAUUAAUUCUUAUGUAUUUUAUUAUUUGAAUAUACAUUUGAUUAAUUUUAAGAAUUCAUAGAUAAAAUUAGAAAAAGUGAUUUACCUAUGAAAAUAUUUGUUACUUGCAAAGAUUUGAAGAUUGAUGAUAAAUAAUUAGAAAAAUAACUAUUAGAAGAAUUUUUAAAUAGAUUAACUAAAUUAAAAUAAAUUGAUGAUAUAACUUAAAGAUAAGAUUCAUUUAAUACUUAAUUUGCUGCUUAUGAAAAAUAAUCAGAAGAAAUUGAUGGUUGUUUAUAUGGACUAUCAACCAUAUUUUUUAGAAAUUAUUCUAAUUACAUUGUUGAUUUGAGCAUUAAUAAAGAUGCAGUUUUUGAUAGAGACAAUUUAUUCAAAUGGGAAGAAGAAUGCAAUAGCAAUGAAGUUGUUAUUGCUGAAUUAGCUAAGCAAUUAAAUGUGUAAUUAUAUAUUAUUUAUUAUAAGAUUUGUUUAGUUAAUAUUUUUUUAAGAUAAAGACAAUUUUGUAGUUAAUGAAUAUGAAAAAGACAAGCAACAUAAAAUUAUCUUAUUAAUAAAGCCUGGACAUUAUAAUAUUGGCUACUUAAAAAAAGAUUAAUAAUGA